UCAACAAUGGUUGUGAUAAAAGUGACAAAUGUUGAAAGAACCAAAAAAGUCGGGGUAGUUGCCCGAAAUUUGGAAGAAUUCCACCACAAAGUUAUGACGAAGUACAAGUUGACCGAUAAACAACUGAUGAAAGACGUAACAUAUCAUUUAACUUCUGAUGGUGUCUUGAUCGAUUGUGAUGAAUAUUUUCAAACCCUCGAACCACAGACAUCUGUGAUGAUGGUACUCAAAGAACAAAAGGAUUAUAUUAAAACAGAUUUUGAGUUUCUUAUGGAAAACAUCAGGGUGUGGCAAAAAGAUUAUCUGAACGCUGGAAAAAGUGUUGAGUUAUUCAUAAAGCAAAAUAAUGAUAAAAUCUUUUCUGAAAUUUUUGCUGCUCUUAAAAGCUCUAAACUUGUACCUCAUCAUGAACGAAUUGGGAUAUCUGAUAAAUAUCUGAAACAUGAUUGUAUUGAAGAUAAACUUUGGUUUGAAGGUUUGGAAACAAAUGCCAAAACUAAAGAAUUGUACAUGUUUAAAAAAGCACAAGACCGUAUUCGCUCAUAUUUCUACAAAACCAAAGACGAUCUCUAUCACUCUAUUGAAUAUAGAGAAAAUAAACUUGCAAAAUCUGAAAUCGACUUCUUGAUCAAUAACUUCAAAAAAUGGUUGAUACAUUACGGAUUUUUCGGACACAUUUUCGAUAGAACUAAAUACACACAAAUAAAUAAAUUGGACGAAACCAAUGCUGAUGAUAACAUACUAAAAGCAAAAAAACUGAAACUAAUGAAAGACGAUAACAACUUGACGGUUUUGGAAAAAAGUCUUUCGAUCUUCCCUUUGAAAAAAACUGCAGUUUGCGAUUCUCUCGGAAAAUUUUCAUGCCAAGGUGCUUGGAACAAAGUUUGCUGCGUUUAUGGAGAUCAUGUUAUCAACCCUUAUAUAUCGAGAGAGUACAGGAUUUUGUUUCAGACUUGGAACUUGGAUCAUCAGGUGGAAAAGUCGCGUACGGUCAUUCCAAAUAUAUUAAAAAAUGUUAAAUAUUUGAUUGAUGACCAGGCUACAUGUCUUGUGCACCCUGAUAGACCAGCAGUUCACCUAACUCAGGUAAUAUAUUUUUUGGAGCUAUUCACUAUGGCAAAUUUGAAACUAGUUCAUAUAGUUUGCCAUGAUAAAAAAGCACAUGAAUUGCAAUCUUCUGGAGGUUGUUUGUGCACAGAAUGCCAUGAUCAAGAACAAAAAAAGAUGUCGUUUUAAAUACGGUUGCAUUUCCUCAUGCUAAUUCGGACACCAGUGCUUCCUUCUUCUAAAGCCGAAUUUUGAUGGCCAUCAGGGCCAUCCAGACAAGCAGAUGCACAUUCUGAGAAAGGGCUCCAGGGCGUCCAGGCUGGCCCUUGGGUGUAGGAUGACGACAUUACGUCAUCUGCCGAAA